AUGUUUCGUUUAUGUUUCGUUCCUUUGCUGCUUGCAAGUUUAUCCUUUUCCUUUCCCUUGGGGAGCUCUCUGGGUAAUAUUCAGAAGCGAGACGUUCCAGACUUUGUACGGCGAUAUGGUAGGCUGCAUAACUAUUACUUCUACUACACGCGAUCUAAAGGCGCGGGGUGGAAUCAAGCAUUGCUAACUUCUUAUCUACAUCCAGCACCCCUGGCAUACCUCUGCUCUUCAGAGAUAUACUUCCCCAGCGACAUAGGAGCGCAAAUCGCCCAUACCUAUCCUGAAGACGGGUCUGGAAACACCAUCACGCCUCCAGCCCCGUUGACCUUGUCCAACAUCGACACUCUGAACUCCUUUUCCGGUGGCGGCACAGAUGUGUACCUGACUUCUGACGAGGGUAUCCGGGCCCUUCCAUCCUGGUUCAGAGGCUCCCGUCCCCAAUCCGACGGCAGCACGCCUUCAAUCGUCGGCUGCGCGGUUGUGACCGUGUCCAAGCCCAACGGGGUCCUUGACGCGUUUUACUUCUACUUCUACGCCUACAACCAGGGGAACUGGGUCCUCGGGCUGCCGGCGCUCGAGUUCGGCGACCACGUGGGCGACUGGGAACACACCAUGGUGCGGUUCGUCGACGGCGCCCCGACGGCCGUGUAUUACUCGCAGCACAGCGGCGGAGAGGCCUUCACUUACGCCGCGACGCAAAAGGGCCCCGACGGCGUUAGGCCCCUCGUGUACGUAGCCAACGGGACGCACGCGAACUACGCAAUCCCAGGACCGCACGAUCAUACGAUUCCCAACCUGAAUACCCUCGCCGGGCCCCUGACUGAUCACACCGACCGGGGAGUGCUGUGGGACCCGGUGGCCGACGCGUAUGUCUACGGCUUUGACAAUGCGACGGGCGUGUUCGAGGCCUAUAAUGGUGUCGAUCCCGUGGGGUGGUUGAAUUUCGCGGGGUCUUGGGGAGAUAAUCAGCUUCCUGACAAUACCCCGGGACAGAUUGAUGUGUUUGGAGAGAGAAAGUACGUUGCUGGACCCACGGGUCCGCGUGACAAGGGCUUGACCAGGACAGGGGUGUGUCCUGACGGGAAGAGUUGUACUGUUAGGAGCGUGUUGGUGCCGUGA